AUGGAUGAGACACUAGAAUGCCUUUAUAGAAUCACACCUAUAGUCAGAAACUACGAUUGGGGUGUACAAGGGCCGUCAUCGUUGGUAUGUCGACUAUAUCUUCAUGGAGAGAACACUUCCUCCUUACCAAAUUUGAAAGAUAUCGAAUCUACUCCUUACGCCGAAUUGUGGAUUGGAGAUCAUGAUUCCGCCCCGUGUAAACUAUCUUCUCUGCGAAAAAACCAUGCAGAAUCAAUAAUUGAUCACAGUUGCAAGGAGGCGACAGAUGGUUGUACAAAGGACAACGAUGCAGUAGACGCAAAAGAAUGCUACAAAGAACGGUUAGGAACGGUGUACAGUCGUAUGCAAAAGGUUUUCCUUGACAACGGCCCCGUCGGAUGUAAAAUAUUAUUUAAAGUCUUAGCUAUAGCAAAGCCUCUGAGCCUACAAGUACAUCCUGACCCAGAAAAUGCUUUGAGGUUGUUCAAGGCAAAACAUCCAGGAAUAGCAGAUGGUCAGGCUAAACCCGAAAUGAGUGUAGCUUUGAGCCCAUUUCGUGCCAUGUGUGGUUUGAGGCCAAUUACUGAGAUCCUUUCAUAUGCCGCGAAGUAUCCACCGUUUGCUAAGAUGAUAUCUGAAGACCUAUUAUCAGAUAUGCGUCAUAUUGACGAGGAAAGCAUUGGUCCAAUAUACUUCAGAUUAUGUAAAACCAUACUCACAGCUCAAAGUGAUUCUGACUUGGUCGACCAUCUGGUUGAGGCAGUAAAAUUAACAACUGAUCACGACCUUUCUGAAGAAGUAUUUUUGCUACUAAACAAACAUUACGGAACCGAUGUGUCUAUUACAUUUGCGUUCAUAUUGAAUUGUAUUGGGGUUCAACCUGGAGAUGCAUUUUUUAUACCACCAAACACUUUACACAGUUACAUUAGCGGUAAUUGUGUUGAGCUUAUGAACAACAGCGACAAUGUGAUCCGCUGCGGUCUAACAUCUAAAGCUACUGAUACUAAAACGUUUCUAGAGUUAAUAGGUGUCGAGAUGUGCAAAGGCAGCCGAUUUCCGCAGAGUAUUAUGUAUGUGCAUCCUGUGAUUAUUUCUCCGUACGUGAAAAUAUAUCAACCAUCUCAUUCAACGUGCAAUUUUUCAGUUUGGUCAUUAAUAGUACCAGCCGGCACGCAGGUUUCACACUGUUUCGAUAAUGGGCAUAAACCUUUUCUAUGUCUGAUUGUCGAUACAAACCCAAUGGUGGAGAUCCGGCACCACCCAACGUGUAUCAAUGGAAAAAAAAUUAUAAGUGCUGAAACGUCAGAACCACUCCCAUUUGUAUUGGGCGAUGCGUUUUUAAUGCAUCCAAAGUUAACUUUGGAUGUUAGUAACAGUGGCGCAUCGGACUUUGUAAUGUACCUUGGUACAGAGAUAUAA